CAGCUGUUUGCUUGAUUUCGAAGAAGAAGAGCGGCGUGCAUCGUAUUCCGCGUUUUCUGUUGAAAAUAUUUAUAUUUUAAUAAAUACCAGGUAUAACCCAUUGCAAAUACGCUCCAUUCUGCUUCAAAUUAAUAAACAACAACUUUAUAAUCGAGAAUGGAUUCUGAUUUGUAUGAUGAGUUCGGCAACUAUAUAGGACCUGAUUUGGACAGCGACGAUGAUGAUGACCAAAGUAUUUAUGGUCAGCCCGAUGUGCAAGAUGAUCAAGAUGAGGAUGCCAUGGAUGAGGAUGAAGCGGAGCCACAAGAUGAUGAAGAUAAAGAAGUAACAGCUGUUGUGCUACAUGAGGAUAAACGCUAUUACCCAUCGGCCGUUGAGGUGUAUGGGCCGGACGUGGAGACGAUUGUGCAGGAGGAGGACGCACAACCGUUGGACAAGCCGCUCAUAGAGCCCGUGAAGAAGUUGAAAUUCCAGAUUAAAGAACAGGAUCUGCCCGAAACUACUUAUGAUAUGGAAUUCAUGGCAGACCUCAUGGACACGCCACCCUUGAUUCGAAACGUUGCACUAAUCGGUCACUUGCACCAUGGCAAGACCACGUUUGUGGACUGUCUAAUACGUCAGACGCAUCCGCAGUUUGAGAACAUGGAGGAGCGCUCGCUGCGCUACACCGACACGCUAUUCACGGAACAGGAGCGCGGUUGCAGCAUCAAGGCCACACCGGUUACGCUUGUCUUGCAGGAUGUCAAGCAGAAGAGCUACUUGCUAAACAUCUUUGACACGCCCGGUCAUGUGAAUUUCUCGGAUGAGGCAACCGCUGCUAUGCGCAUGAGCGACGGCGUGGUGCUCUUUAUUGAUGCGUCCGAAGGAGUCAUGCUGAACACCGAACGUCUGCUCAAGCAUGCUGUACAGGAGCGGCUGGCGAUCACUGUUUGCAUCAACAAGAUCGAUCGCUUAAUUUUGGAGCUCAAGCUGCCGCCUCAAGACGCUUACUUCAAGCUAAAGCACAUUGUCGAGGAAGUCAACAGCUUGUUGAGCACCUACGGCAGUGCGGAUGAUAAUCUGAUGGUUUCGCCUGUGCUAGGCAACGUUUGCUUUGCAAGCUCUUUGUACGGCUUUUGUUUUACCCUAAAGUCCUUUGCCAAGCUCUAUGCGGAUACGUAUGAAGGCGUGAAUUACAAUGAAUUUGCCAAACGUCUAUGGGGCGACAUGUACUUCCAUAGCAAGUCGCGAAAGUUUACCAAGAAGCCGCCACACAACUCGGCACAGCGCAGUUUUGUGGAGUUCAUACUGGAGCCCAUGUAUAAAUUGAUUGCGCAAGUGGUGGGCGACGUAGACACUACGCUGUCGGACACCUUGGCAGAGCUGCACGUGCGCGUGUCAAAGGAUGAGAUGAAAUCCAACAUACGGCCAUUGCUGCGCGUGGUGUGCAAUCGUUUCAUGGGCGACUGCAGCGGCUUUGUGGAUAUGUGCGUGGAGCACAUUAAGUCACCGCUGGAGAAUGCCAAGCGUAAAGUGGAUCACAUAUACACUGGCCCAAAAGAGGGCGAUAUUUAUCGUGACAUGAUAUCGUGCAAUCAGUACGGCACCCUGAUGGUCCACAGCUCGAAGAUGUAUCCCAACGACGACUGCACUUUCUUCCAGGUGCUGGCUCGAAUUGUGUCCGGUACACUGCAUGCUGGGCAAGAGGUGCGCGUGCUGGGCGAGAAUUAUACACUGCAGGACGAGGAAGAUUCCCGGAUUCUUCAAGUCGGUAGACUGUGGGUCUAUGAGGCGCGCUACAAAGUGGAAUUGAAUCGUGUGCCCUCGGGCAACUGGGUGCUCAUCGAAGGCAUUGACCAGUGCAUAGUGAAAACAUCCAGCAUUGUGGACAUCAAUGUGCCCGAGGAUCUUUACAUAUUCCGGCCGCUCAAGUUCAACACCCAAAGCAUCAUUAAGAUAGCUGUGGAGCCGGUGAAUCCCUCAGAGCUGCCAAAAAUGUUGGACGGUCUGCGUAAAGUGAACAAAUCGUAUCCUCUGCUGUCCACCCGUGUCGAGGAGUCAGGCGAACACGUUAUCCUGGGCACUGGCGAGCUGUACUUGGACUGCGUCAUGCAUGAUCUGCGCAAGAUGUACUCGGAAAUCGAUAUCAAGGUGGCCGAUCCGGUAGUGGCAUUCUGUGAGACCGUUGUGGAGACCAGCUCAUUGAAGUGUUUCGCCGAGACACCAAAUAAGAAGAACAAGAUAACCAUGAUAUCGGAGCCGUUGGAGAAGGGCUUGGCCGAGGACAUCGAGAACGAGACUGUCUGCAUCAAUUGGAAUAAGAAGCGCAUCGGAGAGUUCUUUCAGGUCAACUAUGAUUGGGAUUUGCUGGCAGCCCGUUCCAUUUGGGCUUUUGGGCCGGAUAGUACUGGACCCAACAUUCUGGUGGAUGAUACGCUGCCCUCCGAGGUCGAUAAAAAUUUACUGACUGCGGUCAAGGACUCCAUAGUGCAGGGCUUUCAAUGGGGCACACGCGAGGGACCGCUCUGCGAGGAGCCCAUACGCAAUGUUAAGUUCAAAAUUCUGGACGCCGUCAUAGCCAAUGAGGCACUGCAUCGUGGUGGCGGCCAAAUCAUUCCCACAGCCCGUCGUGUCGCCUACUCAGCUUUCCUCAUGGCCACGCCCCGUUUGAUGGAGCCGUAUCUGUUUGUCGAGGUGCAGGCACCUGCGGAUUGCGUCUCAGCGGUCUACACUGUCCUGGCGCGUCGCCGAGGUCACGUAACACAAGAUGCGCCAGUCUCGGGUUCUCCUAUCUACACAAUCAAAGCAUUUAUACCCGCCAUUGACUCGUUCGGAUUUGAGACAGAUCUGCGAACGCAUACCCAAGGCCAGGCCUUCUGCCUGUCUGUAUUCCAUCAUUGGCAAAUCGUGCCAGGCGAUCCGCUGGACAAGAGUAUUGUCAUCCGCCCGCUGGAGCCACAGCAAGCCUCUCAUUUGGCUCGUGAGUUCAUGAUCAAGACACGCCGACGCAAGGGUCUCUCCGAGGAUGUGUCCAUCAACAAGUUCUUCGACGAUCCCAUGUUGUUGGAGCUGGCGCGACAGGAUGUGCUACUCAACUAUCCACUAUAAUUUAUAGUCUCUAACUAUCCAAUAAAAUACUGCAUUUUCGAUCGGGAACAGAUCCUUGACCUGUUUUUAACAGCAACUUGGAAAUGAAAAUGCAUUCGUCAUAAAGAAAAUGAAA